AUGGAGUCAGGAGUCGAGAUCGUGACCAGGAAACCUUCAAUACCUAGUGGGAAAUCUUUCGAAGCCCGACAAAAGCCUCUCGACCCCGAAGCCGCAGCCCUCAAGAAACGAGAAACUUCUGCCCAUCAGACCUACGGCCGUGGCCGAAAAAUCGCCCCCAAAUCCAUCAAAGACAAAAAGCUCCGCUCCAAUCUUAAAUUGCUGGAAUCAAAGUAUAAAGAUGCGGUUCUUAAAGCGCACGAUGCAGAAAUUCUGCUCGAGCAUGAGUCCGGGUUUCUUGAACCCGAGAAUGAAGUUGAGAGGACUUAUAAGGUCAGACAGGAUGAGGUGAAGGAGAGUGUGGCGGUGGAGACGGCGAAGAAGGGUUUCGAGCUUAAGUUGGAGGGUUUGGGGCCGUAUGUGUGUGAUUAUACGCGGAAUGGGAAGGGGUUGUUGUUGGCGGGGAGGAAGGGGCAUGUGGCGACGAUGGAUUGGAGGGAUGGGAGGCUGGGAUGUGAGCUGCAACUGGCGGAGACGGUGAGGUGUGCGAAGUGGCUUCAUAGUGAGCAAUUUUUCGCGGUUGCCCAGAAGAAAUACACCUAUAUUUACGAUCAUGCUGGAGUAGAAAUCCACUGUCUGAGAAAGCACAUUGAGGUCACGCACAUGGAGUUCCUUCCUCAUCAUUUCUUGCUGGCCACGGUGGGAAAUGCAGGGUAUCUCAAGUACACGGACACUUCCACUGGAGCAAUGGUGAUAGAGAUGCCUACUAAAAUAGGCUCACCCACUGCUCUAGCUCAAUCACCGUACAAUGCUAUCCUCCACCUCGGAAAUCAGCAAGGUACUGUGGGUCUAUGGAGUCCAAAUUCAACCGAGCCUCUAGUGAAGCUUCAGGCACAUCGUGGGCCUGUCAGAGCAAUUUCGAUUGAUCGAGAGGGAAGAUACAUGUGCACGGCUGGACAGGAUCUCAAGAUGGGUGUCUGGGACAUCCGGAUGUAUCGUGAGGUCAACAACUAUUUCCUACGGCAGCCUGGAUCCUCCGUUGCUAUCAGUGACAGGAACCUUGUUGGGGUAGGAUGGGGAACACAGGCUUCAGUAUGGAAAGGACUUUUUGAUAAGCACCGAGACGACCAGGAAAAGGUGCAAUCUCCAUACAUGGGAUAUGGCGGUGAAGGGAGAAGAAUCGAAUCGCUAAGAUGGUGCCCCUUUGAGGAUUUGCUUGGAGUCUCCCACGACCAAGGCUUCUCCAGCAUCAUUGUGCCUGGCGCUGGCGAACCCAACUUUGAUGCUCUCGAAAUCAAUCCUUACGAGAAUACCAAGCAGCGGCAAGAAGCGGAGGUUAGAGCUCUACUAAAUAAGUUGCAGCCAGAGAUGAUCUCUCUUAACCCGGACUACGUCGGUAAUCUUGACCUGGCUUCCGCAGCUGAGCGAAAAAAGGAGGCAGAUUUGGACAGGAAGCCCGAGGAUCCGCUUUUGAUGGCGAAAGAAAAGAAUAGGGGACGAGGGAAGAAUAGCAGCCUACGGAAGUUCAUGAGGAAGAAGGGGAAAAGAAAUAUUAUCGACGAGCAAAAGGUUAGAGUCGAGGAGCUGAAGACUGAAAGGCAGAAGAGGGCCAAGACAAAGUCGAAGAAGCAGGAGCAGGAGCUGGGGCCUGCGCUGUCGAGGUUUGCUAAGAAAGGACCUUGA